AUGGCUCCUUCCUAUUUGUGAGGCGCGGGCUGCGCUCGCACCUCGGGCGGGUUCCGGUUUCCUUCCACCGAGGAGGGGCGGGCGGGCGGUCGCGCGGUCUAAGAGCGUCAGUCCUCGCCCGCACCCGCGUUCGCCGAGUCGCCGCCGCAGAGAACCGGAUCCUCCCGGGGAGGCGGCGGGGACCGGGCGGGGCGCGGCGCGGCGGCCCGAGCGCAGGGCCAGACAAAGGGGCUUGGUCCCCUGUCCCCGUGCCGCCGCGAUGUGGAUCCAGGUCCGCACCAUCGACGGCUCCCAGACGCGCACCAUCGAGGACGUUUCUCGCAAAGCCACCAUCGAGGAGCUGCGCGAGCGGGUCUGGGCGCUCUUCGAUGUAAGGCCCGAGUGCCAGCGCCUGUUCUACCGGGGCAAGCAGUUGGAAAAUGGAUAUACUUUAUUUGACUACGACGUUGGACUGAAUGAUAUAAUUCAGCUGCUAGUUCGUCCAGACUCCAGUCUUCCUAGCACAUCUAAGCAGAAUGAUGCUCAGGUUAAACCCUCUUCUCAUAAUCCGCCUAAAGUAAAGAAAACAGCAAGAGGGGGAUCUUCCAGUCAGCCAUCUACAUCAGCUCGCACUUGUCUUAUUGACCCUGGCUUUGGACUAUAUAAGGUAAAUGAAUUGGUGGAUGCCAGAGAUGUCGGCCUUGGUGCUUGGUUUGAAGCACAUAUACAUAGUGUUACUAGAGCUUCUGAUGGACAUUCACGUGGCAAAACUCCACUGAAGAAUGGCAGUUCUUAUAAAAGGACUAAUGGAAAUGUAAAUCAUAAUUCCAAAGAGAACACAAAUAAAUUGGACAAUGUACCCUCUACGUCUAAUUCAGACUCAGUUGCUGCUGAUGAAGACGUUAUUUAUCAUAUCGAGUAUGAUGAAUAUCCAGAAAGUGGUAUACUAGAGAUGAAUGUUAAGGAUCUUCGACCACGAGCAAGGACCAUUUUAAAAUGGAAUGAACUAAAUGUUGGUGAUGUGGUAAUGGUUAAUUACAAUGUAGAAAAUCCAGGCAAAAGAGGAUUUUGGUAUGAUGCUGAAAUUACCACACUGAAGACAAUAUCAAGGACCAAAAAGGAAGUUCGUGUGAAAGUUUUCCUGGGCAGGGGCUCUGAAGGCACAUUAAAUGACUGCCGAGUGAUGUCUGUAGAUGAAAUCUUCAAGAUUGAGAAGCCUGGAGCCCAUCCCAUUUCCUUUGCAGAUGGAAAGUUUUUAAGGAAAAAUGACCCUGAAUGUGACCUGUGUGGUGGAGACCCAGAUAAGACCUGUCACAUGUGUUCGUGUCAUAAGUGUGGAGAGAAGCGGGACCCCAACAUGCAGCUGCUGUGUGACGAGUGCAAUAUGGCCUAUCACAUUUACUGCCUGAGCCCACCUCUGGACAAAGUCCCGGAAGAGGAAUACUGGUAUUGUCCUUCCUGUAAAACUGACUCCAGUGAGGUGGUAAAGGCUGGAGAGAGACUCAAGCUGAGUAAGAAGAAAGCGAAGAUGCCCUCAGCCAGUACUGAGAGCCGGAGGGACUGGGGCAGGGGAAUGGCUUGUGUUGGUCGUACAAAAGAAUGUACUAUUGUCCCUUCAAAUCAUUAUGGACCAAUCCCUGGUAUUCCUGUUGGAUCAACUUGGAGAUUCAGAGUUCAGGUGAGCGAAGCAGGUGUUCAUCGGCCACAUGUUGGUGGAAUUCAUGGUCGCAGCAAUGAUGGGGCUUAUUCUCUUGUCCUGGCUGGAGGAUUUGAAGAUGAAGUUGACCGAGGUGAUGAGUUCACGUAUACUGGAAGCGGUGGUAAAAAUCUUGCUGGUAAUAAAAGAAUUGGAGCUCCAUCGGCUGACCAGACACUAACAAACAUGAACAGGGCAUUGGCCCUAAACUGUGAUGCUCCAUUGGAUGAUAAAAUUGGAGCAGAGUCUCGGAAUUGGAGAGCUGGUAAGCCCGUCAGAGUGAUACGCAGUUUUAAAGGGAGGAAGAUCAGCAAAUAUGCUCCAGAAGAAGGCAACAGAUAUGAUGGCAUUUAUAAGGUGGUAAAAUACUGGCCAGAGAUUUCAUCCAGCCAUGGCUUCUUGGUUUGGCGUUAUCUUUUAAGAAGAGAUGAUGUUGAACCUGCUCCUUGGACCUCAGAAGGAAUCGAACGAUCAAGGAGACUGUGUCUGCGAUUGCAGUACCCAGCAGGUUACCCCUCGGAAAAGGAAGGCAAGAAGACCAAGGGGCAGUCAAAGAAGCAGGGCAGUGAGGCCACCAAAAGGCCAGCUUCAGAUGAUGAGUGUCCAGGUGACUCCAAAGUGCUGAAGGCAUCAGAUUCAACAGAUGCUGUAGAGGCUUUCCAGCUCACGCCUCAGCAGCAGCGCCUGAUCAGAGAAGACUGUCAGAACCAGAAGCUGUGGGAUGAAGUACUUGCAUCUCUUGUAGAAGGACCGAAUUUUCUGAAGAAAUUGGAACAAUCUUUUAUGUGUGUGUGCUGCCAAGAACUAGUUUACCAGCCUGUCACAACUGAAUGCUUUCACAACGUCUGUAAGGAUUGCUUACAGCGCUCCUUUAAGGCCCAGGUUUUCUCCUGCCCUGCUUGCCGCCAUGAUCUCGGGCAGAAUUAUGUCAUGGUUCUAAAUGAGACCCUCCAAACUCUGCUUGACCUCUUCUUCCCUGGCUACAGCAAAGGCCGGUGAUCUGCGCGUGCUGUGUGGUUCCUGCUGGAGUCCUGGACAGUAACAAGUCUUACAAUGAGUGGGAGGGGUAAAGCAGAGCUGGACCAUGUCUUUCGUCCGAAAGCAGCAGUACCUCUUUUCCCACAGCCAUCCUCCUGUGUGUGUAGUAAGAGGCCCAUUCUCAACUGUCUUUUAGAUAGCAACAGGUAGUUCUUCUCAGUAACAACUCAUUUUCAUGAAUGAAGACUUAACGCCUCCACUGUAGUUGAUUACCCAAUUUAUGAUUUAUUUUGCAACUACCUCAGGACAGAAAAGAUUUACGGGGAUUUUAAAAAUCAUUGACUAAUUAGUUAAAUGAAAUUUUAGCUACACACUGCCUCCCAAGUAUUAGUUGUGCCUGUUCCUUGUACUUCGCUUGUCCAGGAAAGAAGGCAGAUGGAUUGUUGGGGCGAGUGAGUGCAGCUUCUGUAAUAUGCAUACUACAUUUUUUAAUGUCAGUUUCCAUCACCAUGCGUGUUUUGCAAGAACAUGUUCAUUUUUUAACUCAUUUGUGAUCUCCAUUGUGACUUUUUUCUGGUGUUUUAUGCAAAUUGACUACUAAUGGCUAAUGAGAACAAUAUGAAUGCAUUGUUGCUGCAUUAGUGUAAUGUGGUGUUUUCUUGCCAUGACAGAGAUGUCCGAAGCGCUAGUAGUAAAUGUUUCUGAAAAGCCGCUCUGUCCUCAUCUGGCGUGCAGGAAUUCCUCCUAGUGGUCUCCAUCUGCAGAUUAGGAGGGCUGUGCUGGCUUUUGAGAAGAUUAAAAUUGCUUCACAUUGUGAUCCUACAUUUUAUAUUCACUAUAUUCCUUAAGAGUAUACCUUAAUAAAUAUUUUAUGAUCAGAAAA